AUCAAACCUACUAUACCUAAAAGCUUACACUUGCGAAAAAAAUCUUUGACAAAAGUUUAAUCGUCAAAAAAGCGACACAAAAAGCUGGAUCAAUUUUUUUAACAAGCUGUACAUCAUAGUAAAGAUCUUAGAAAAUGCAUAACGAAGGACUAACUCAUUAGUAUUUCGUUGCAACGCAUGAUGACGGAUGAUAACGAAGUCGUAAUGAGUGCCUUGAAGACAUUUUGAUUUCAAACAAUUCUUUUCUUAACACUCAAAUGCUCACAGUUCAGAAACAUUUGGAAUAUUUUUUAUUUGAGAAAUAAAGAUCAAAUUGCUAAACUUAGACGAAGGUUUCAUUUUUACAAAUUAGGUUUUAUUUUUAAAUACAUUUAUUAAUUAAUUUAUUAAUUAUCAAGUUCGUUAUUCAACGGAUAUUAUAAUUAACCUUGGGAACACAAAUCGCAUCAACAGUUUGAAAACAACGUUCUUACGUUAAUUUGAAACUUUCUUUCAAAACGUUGUAAAUACAGUUUUAAAUGGAACAUUUAUAGAUCGAUGAUAUGUGUAUUGAGGAAGAUUUAGUUGAUAGAUAAAUUGCGAUUGAAUUAGAUGUGUGCCGUAUGGACACUAAUGGCAUAUGUGUGGGUGGAUGGAUGGGUCAAACAGGACGAACACAAUUUGGUGGCAAGUGAAUUAUGCCAAGUUUUAUUUCGUAAUGGGUUUGAAAUUCAACUUUGUAAGUAUAAUGACAAUCACAAGAAGAUUUUAAUUUUUACAAAUCAGACAUAUGGAAACAACUUGAAUGUUGAGGCAUAUAUCAAUUCUAAUUACAUUCGUCAUACAAGAGAAAACGACAUUAUACAAACAGGCGUGUUCUUGUUAAAGAACUCUAUGAAUUGCUGUAUAUCCGAUAGAGAAUCUGUUUGUAACAAGAAAAAUGUUUGUAAAAAAGAUAACGCGUUUCAACUGAAUCUAAUGCGAAGCAAUGUCUCAUUUAAAAUCACUCGAACGGCUGUCUCUAGACACGAACAAACACAAAAAAACCCAUUUCUUUUACGAAUUGUAAUCAAAGUUAAGGACUUCAUGCCAGGAAAAAGCAGUACUGUCUGCAACACUAAACCACCUCUUCAAACUUUAUUUCGUACAUCACAACCACAGCUAACUCACUGCUUCAAGCACCGGUGCAAUAAACCGAUGCCCAAAGUAUCAACGAAGAAAAGUUUAUGCAAUCCACCAGAUGGAUGUAUCACUCAGGGCAAGCUAAAGAACUCACGAUCAAAAACAAAAUGUCUGCUAGGACGUUGUCAAGGAAUCAAAAAGACAGACCCAAUCGAUGAUGAUGUUUUCGACAAAAGUAGAAAUUGCGUGGAUUCGUCUUUAAAGAAUUUACUUUUGCAACUUAAACAGUUAAAGAUCUAAAUUGAGAAAUCAUAGUAGCUAUAUUUUUUUGUACUAAUAUAUUCAUAGAACCUUUAGAUAUAUAUGCAAAUAAAAAAUUAGGAGUAACAUAUUGCCCACUAUGUCAUCUGUCAUGAUUUAAAUCAUAUGUCCUUUAAAGAGAGAAAUUUGUAAUGAUGAAUUUGAAGCAACACAACUGAACAGUAAAUCAAAUAUGAACUCUUUCUUUGUCCAUUAAAAUUAUCUGCGAUGCGAUCAAUUGAGGAGUUAUUAAUCUCGUCUUUUUAACUUUAGCACGUAUCAGUUUGUUUUGAAUUACAUUGGUCAAAGAAACAAUUGAUAUUCUAAUUAGUAUACGUGAGAUAAUUCAUUAAGAAAGACGAAAAAAACACAACAGCU